AUGACGACGGGCCGAUUGCAUGGGGUUUCGGUGGCUAGGGGUGCACCUUCUAUCUCUCAUCUCCUCUUUGCAGAUGACUCCUUCCUGUUUCUACGGGCUAAUGAGGAGGAAAACGUCCAAAUGAGGUAUGUGCUUGACACUUAUGCCAGGGCUUCUGGCCAGCAUAUUAAUUAUGAUAAAUCUGCUGCAUGUUUUAGUACAAAUGUGCCACAUAGUAGAAGAAAUGAGGUUGUUGAUAUUCUGGGUGUGGAGGAGGGUGAAACGAGUGGGAAGUACUUGGAUUUGCCAUCACUGGUGGGGAGGAGGAAAAAGGCUAUUCUGGGGUUUCUGAAGGAUCGUAUACUCACCAGGGUCCGUUCUUGGAAUGCCAAGUUCUUGUCAAGAGCUGGGAGGGAGGUUCUUUUGAAAAAUAUUUUGCAGGCAAUGCCAGCAUAUGCUAUGAUGGUGUUCUUGCUUCCCUUGGGGCUUUGUCGGGAAAUAGAGGUGAUUAUGAAUCAAUACUGGUGGACUGGUAGUGUGGGAAAUGGCCGUGGGAUAAGGUGGCGUUCAUGGGAGGGUCUGUCAAGGCCUAAAGCAUAUGGUGGAAUGGGCUUUCGUCGUGUACAUGAGAUGAACAAAGCGUUACUAGGGAAGCAGGCAUGGAGGUUAAUUUCCAAUCCCACAAGCCUAGUGACCUGUGUGUUUAAGGCUCGCUAUUACUCUGAUUGUGACUUUUUUUAUGCCAGGGAAGGGAGCAACCCAUCCUACAUUUGGCGGGGUAUGCUGGAAGUUAAAGGCUGUUUGAAGGAGGAUUGUAGAAGGGUCAUAGGCGAUGGCAAUGGGACUAUUAUUGGCAGGGAUCCUUGGCUACCUGUGGAUGAUAAUCCGUUUGUGAAAACGGAGUUGCACUAG